AACUUACGCGUUUUCCCAAUUUAUUUAGGUCUCGAAUAUUCGUACAUAUUUUUAUUUCCAAUUAUUUGCCUUCACCUGCAGGAUUAUCCUCCUCUUUGCUUCUCUCUCCUUCCAUCCUCAUCUUUUCGUUGACGAAUUCGAUCCAAGGCUUAUCGUUCUGUUCUUUCUUCAAAUUCUCCGGUAAGAUCUUCGGUUUCUUGUUGCUUCUGAAUCCAGUUUUCUGAGGUGAAAGGGUUUGAUUUUCAAGGGUUUUGCCCUCCUUUUUUCGUGUUUGAUUUUUCUCAGAUCUGUUAUUUUCCUGGAUUUUUACCUAUUGUUCUUAAUCAAUUUCAUCCUGCAAACGCUGUUUUCCCUUAUUUGUCGCGUGUAAUUCAAGGAUCUGUUGAUUUGUCGUAAUCUAAAAAUCUAAGGGUUAGGGUUUCAAAUAGGAAUCAAAUUCUCAAUUGAUUUCUUAUUUUUAGUUAACUUGAGGAUUGUUGUGUGUUUGGUUUGUUGUUCGUGUUGAAUUUUUGAUACCAUGGCGUCAGGCAAUGUCAGUGUUUCAAGACGUAGAGAUUUCACUCACGUUUCGCGAAGAAUCUUUGAUUGUAACGGUGGCAGCAGUUUUGGGGCUAAGAUUAGGUCUGAUUCUGAAAGUUAUGUUAGGUCGGAGUAUGGAUCUAGAAAGAAGGGUCCGUUUGACAAUGAUAUUGAAGUUAAAGUUGAGGAUUCUUUCCAAGUCGAUGGAGGAAUUCAGAAGAAGAGGAAAUUAUCUCCUGCUGUAUGGAAUGAUAAAGUGAUAAACUCAGAUGAUGAUGAUGAUGAUCAGGAGCCAGGCCAACUUGAUGAAGAGGAUUUUACCCACGCACCUAAUAUUUUGACGUCCCGUUGGGCAUACGACGAUGUCGACCGUGAUAUGAGCGGAGUUGUUAUGAAAGGAGAGGACUCUAAGGUGAUAAGGUCGAGUCCCCAUAGUGUUGUUACCCAAAAAGAGAGUUCGGAUGUUUCUGAUAGAGGAUGUUUGCGGAGAGUCCAUAGUGAAGAUGAAUGUUUUGAGAGUGAUUCAAAGAGGGAUGAUUACAUGGAGCUUGAUGCGAGUGAUGGUGAGGAUUGUGCUGCGAUUGAUGACUGUGGAGAGCCUGGGGUUUCCGGGAAAGGAAAUAGAAAUAUGCUUCAGGGAUGCAGAAGUGUGUUCAAGUAUAAGAAGCUUAAUAAAAUUAGUGAAGGCAGCUAUGGUAUUGUGUACAAAGCAAGAGAUGAAGAAAGUGGAGAGCUUGUUGCCUUAAAGAAGAUGAAGUUGGGUGACCAAAGAGAGGGGUUUCCUGUUUAUUACUUGAGGGAAAUAAAUACUCUUGUGUCCUUGAAUCAUCCUUCAAUUGUGAAUGUUCGAGAAGUAGUGGUUGAUGAUAGCCCGGAUGGCUUUGAUAGCAUUUAUAUGGUGAUGGACCAUGUAGAGCAUGAUCUUAAGGCUUUAAUGCAGACUAGGAAGCAGCCUUUCAGAUAUAGUGAAAUUAAGUGUUUAAUGCUUCAACUUUUGGAGGGUGUUAAAUAUCUUCAUCAUAAUUGGGUGCUACAUAGAGAUUUGAAGACUUCAAAUCUUUUGGUAAAUAACAAGGGAGAGCUAAAGAUAUGCGACUUUGGUAUGGCACGCCAAUAUGGUAGCCCGUUGAAGCCUUAUACUGCUUUGGUGGUUACUCUUUGGUACAGGGCUCCUGAACUUCUUCUUGGAGCUACAGAGUACUCAACUGCUGUGGAUAUGUGGUCUGUGGGUUGCAUCAUGGCUGAACUAUUGGCCAAUAAACCCUUAUUUGAUGGGAAAACAGAGAUUGAGCAGCUUAACAAGAUGUUUGCAAUAUUGGGCACACCUAAUGACAGAAUGUGGCCAGGAUUUUCUCAAUUGCCUGGGCACAAGUUCAACUUUAUUCGCCAACCGUACAAUCAAUUGCAUAAGAAGUUUCCUCGCACGUCUUUUACAGGUGCUCCUGCACUUUCUGACAUGGGGCUUGAUUUGUUGAGCCGUCUAUUAACCUAUGACCCUGAAAAGAGGAUAACCGCAGAAGAGGCUCUUGAUCAUCCUUGGUUCAAGGAAGUUCCUCUUCCGAACUCUAGGGAGUUUGUGCCUACUUUUUCAGAGGACAAGGUUGUAUUGUCAAGAUAAGGAACAGGGCCUAAUUAUUUACUUUACCACAAAUCAAUUGUGGUCCUUUCUUUCAUCUUUUUUCAUAUGGAUUUGGUGGCAGUAAUAUUCAUAUCAGGAUUUUAACUAGAGGCUGGUCGGGUAACUAUGAAUGUGAAGAAUGGCGGAUGAGGUUUGAAUGUGCAUCGAAGAUGAUUGUGCAUUGAAGGGCAGUUUGCAGUGGUGUUCAGGGCUCGGGUAGCUUCUAUUUUUGAAGAUGAUGUGCAUUUCACUCUGCAAUUGGCUGCAAUAUUGAUUCCAUUGGAUUUGUGUAUGAUUGUUGGAAGUUUUAGAUUUCUUGACUGAUUAUAAACCUGGUUUUACUACCAUCAUGUCCUAUGCUCUUACAGAUUCGGGCCAAUUUUGGUGAUUGAAACAUAAUGGCCUUCCCUGUCACUGGAUUGACUAGCUAAUGGUGAAGCUUUUCUGGAGCAGUUGUUGGGACUGAGGAAAGAAGCUGCAUCUCUUAGCCACCUGCAGGCACAUGCAUGAACUUGUCAGGUGGGAAGUAUUAGUUCUCUGUUCCACCCGACAUAAUAGUCUUCAUGUUCUUUCAUUUGUAACUCUGCUAUAAUUUGGUCAUCUUACAAUCUUACAUAAUGGAUAUUAUAAGGAAUUCUUGUAAAUAUAAAUCCUUGUGUACAUUCUUUCUCGACUGGUUAUUGAGUACCAUAAUUUUCAUAA